AUGGCGCCACUCGUGUUCCAGCUAAGCGGAACCUGCAAUAACUAUCCCUGGGGUAAACAGGGUCAACAUUCUCUUGCAGCCCAAUUAUGCUCGCAAACGCCUGGUACCGGCUUCAAGAUUCAAGAUGAUCAGCCAUACUCAGAGAUGUGGUUUGGGGAUUAUCCAGACUUUCCAGCUCGCAAACUUGACACCGGUGAGCUCCUGAAGGACGUGCUCGACGCCAACAAGGAGCAGCUCCUUGGGAAGAAGGUCAUUGAUCAGUAUGAUGCACAACUGCCGUAUCUGCCCAAGAUUUUGUCCAUCGCCAAAGCUCUUCCCCUUCAGCUGCACCCAAACAAAGACCUCGCCACGGAACUUCACAAGAAGGACCCCGCCCAGUUCACAGAUCCCAAUCACAAGCCGGAGAUAGCCGUCGCUCUGUCCAAGUUUGAGGUAUUCGCUGGUUUCAAACCUCUUAUUGAGAUCGAACACCUGUUCAAGCUCCGCCCUCUGCAGCAGUUCGUACCCGACCAGACCAGUUCAUGGUCGGACGAGACUCUCCGUGAUGUGACUCGGAAUCUAUUGAAGACAGAUCUGGGAUUGGUCAAGCAGGUCCAGGACCAGCUUUCCAAUACUUCCAAGGCUGAACUUGGAGAAGCGUCCUACAUAUUAGAUCUGCUCCCACGUCUACAGGAUCAAUACGGCCGGGAGGAUGCAGGAAACCUCGUGGCACUUCUCUGCAUGAACUAUUUGGUCUUCAAUGCUGGGGAUGCUAUUUUCAUCCCGGCAGACGGAAUUCACGCCUACCUUGCUGGCGAUAUUGUCGAAUGUAUGGCGCGCAGCAACAAUGUCCUGAAAACUGGAUUUUGUCCCCCUGCCGACCGGAACAACAUUGAUAUGUUUGCCGAGACAUUGACGUUCAAAUCGCACAGCAAGGAUGAUGUUUUUCUUCCGAGUCAAAAGUAUGACCAGAGCAAGCACGGCAUGACAGCCGUGUACAAGCCACCGAUGAGUGAGUUCAACAUGUUAAAAGCGGACCUCAAGGCUGGAGACAGAGAUGAUAUUGGAGCGAUUGACGGCCCCGGUGUUCUCAUUGUGACAUCUGGUGAAGGCGUCAUGUCGGCUGAUGACAAAGAUCACGAGUUGAAGCAGGGAUUUAUGUAUUAUAUAGCGCCUGGUGUUCCCCUGACGUGGCAAACUCAAAGCGGGCUGCAAAUACACAUGGCUGUGGUGUAG